GCUCGGCUCGGCUCGGCUGGCGGGGCCCGGCCAGCUAUGGCCGCCUCCGUCUUUUGCUGCCUCCGCUGGUGCCGGGAUGGCGGUGCCGGUCACAUCCCGCUGAAGGAGAUGCCGGCCGUGCAGCUGGACACGCAGCGUAUGGGAACAGAUGUCGUCAUUGUUAAAAAUGGCAGAAGGAUAUGUGGCACUGGAGGCUGCCUCGCCAACGCGCCCCUACAUCAAAACAAGAGCUAUUUUGAGUUUAAAAUCCAGUCCACAGGCAUUUGGGGUAUCGGAGUUGCAACCCAGAAAGCAAACUUGAAUCAAAUUCCACUUGGCCGAGAUGUCCAUAGCCUGGUGAUGAGGAAUGAUGGAGCUCUGUACUACAACAACGAGGAGAAAAACAGAUUACCAGCCAACAGCCUGCCACAGGAGGGCGAUGUGGUGGGCAUCACAUACGACCACGUAGAAUUAAAUGUAUAUUUAAAUGGGAAGAACAUGCACUGUCCAGCUUCAGGUAUCCGAGGGACUGUCUAUCCAGUUGUCUAUGUGGAUGACAGUGCCAUUCUGGAUUGUCAGUUCAGUGAAUUUUAUCAUACUCCUCCACCAGGGUUUGAAAAGAUCCUCUUCGAGCAGCAAAUCUUCUGAAUGUCAACGUGGUGAACAUUUGCACCCUGCACUGUUUUAAAAGCAAACCCAAAAGCUUUUUCACCUUAAAUAAAGCUUCACAUGUUACCUUUA